AUGCGCUCAAGUAUCGGCAUCGUCCGAUGAUUUUCAUUUUAUCUUCAUUCAAUACACACUAAUUUAACAAAAAAAAAACGAAUCACAUAACGUGAAAACAAUUCAAUCCAUUGAAGUUAAUAAAACAAGUAUUAAACCAUUUUUCUUUCAACUUUAAAUUUUGGAUACCAUGAGUUCUGCAACAUUUGUCGGAACUUCCAAUCCUGCUAGUCCUUCAGGAUUUUGUUCUGUCCCACCUCCACCACCACCCCCACCUGUAGCUGGUCAAGUGCCAGCGAUGAGGAUUAACACAGUUGAGCCGUCUAUGCCAAGGAGAUCACAAGUCUACAAUAAUGAUUCUUAUGAGCCGCCAGCAGCAAUUCAAAAUGCGAUGAUGACCAAGGACAAAAAACCUUUCACUUACACACCAGGUAUGGGUGGUAAAUUGGAUUUGUCACAGAUAAGAAGUCCUAGGAUGGCAAGAAGAGUUGCUAAAAAUGCCAAUGAUGAGGGUAUUGAAGGACCACCAAAAUCUCCACUGGCUACAGAACAAUCACGACCAGUUUCCACUGGCAACAAUCUUUUUGUACAGCCUCAGGUCGCUGUGCCAGUUUUCCCAACGAAUCCUUCUACUCUACAAGUUAAUCGAACUCCAAAUGUUGUUCGAGCCCCAUCAAAUGUAACCAGAGAUAUUGAAUCUGAACCACCUAGACCAAUGGUAAAAAUUGAUCAGAGUCCUUCGUCGCAACUGAACUCUCCAGAUACUCCUUCUACUCCAACUCAAGUAACAUUAACUAAAGCACCAACACCUUGGAUGCAAAAGAAUAAACAACAGGAGGAGCUUCCAGAGUGGGCUAAAAGAAGUAUAGCUAAUGAAUCAUCUUCAUACCCAUCUAGAAACGAUUCAAAUAAUACUCAAACUAUUUACAUCCAACAACCAUCGCCACAAAAAACUCAAACUAAAUCUACAAGUAAUGAGCGUAUAAUUCCUCUUCGUGUGGAAGAUCGACCAUCUGUUUUUGCAGCAAAUAAUGAACAAGGUCACCACCAAUUUAAACAAUCUUCCCCUCAUCAUCAACAACGUUGGGGUCAGCCUAUUCAGCAACCUCAAACUCCAUCAACACCACGAGUUAUAUCAACUCCAUCAAAAACUCCUCAACCAAAUAGUCCUGGAACUUACAUUGUUCCUAUUGUCGUGGAAAACAGUAAUAAUACUAUAUAUAUUCAACGAAAUGAUUUCCCGGGAAAUUCUACUCAAAAUCAAGUUAAUAAAAAUGUACAAAAAACACCAAUCAUGAAUCAGCAAGAAUCUGGACCAGUUCAAUCAAAAUCUUUCAGAGUUCUACAAAAAAUUACAGACACUGAUAGAGAUGAUAUUGACACUGAGCAACUUCGUAAACUUCAAUUAACUGAAGAUGACAAAAUGUUAAUGAAUAAAUUUAAAGAACAAGUGGAUGGGGAUACUUAUCUACAUCAAGAAGAAGACCCAAGAUAUCGUGGCGCAGCAAUUCCAUCACGGGCAUUUCGAUACCUUCAAAAUAUGACAGAUUCCAAUGAAGUUUUAACAAAUACCAAUGCAGCACCUCGAGCAAUGAACAGUACCAUGAAGAGACAAAACAGGAAUUCGCGAACGUUCGAAGAAACACAAAUGAAUCUACCACCAAGUGAACAACAAGUACCUGAGCCUAAGAAGUACACUGGAAGUGCAAUACCAUCAAGGUCUUUUAGGAUACUCCAAGCUAUGACGUCGCCAGAGGACGUAGCAAAGCAAGAAAUUGGUCAAGCAGAUUUCACCUGUCAAGUGUCAAGUAGCAUGAUGCCACUGGGCAAUCAGCAGGGUGUAUUCAUUCCUCAUUAUUCACAGCCUAUUUAUUGGGCAUAUUAUCCAAUACCCUAUCAAUAUAACCAAUCAAAUUAUCACCAACUUCAUCAGAAUAACAUCAACGUGCCAAAUAUCACCAAUUCAAUUGCUUAUUGCCAUUAUCAAGAUAUUAAUAUGCCUUCUUCUUCUACUAUCACUGAUCAUUCUGUUUCACCUGCACACUAUUCAUUUUGUCAUGGUUUUAUUUCGUCAAACAAUCAAAAUUUAGUUCAAGAACAGGAAACAAAUUCUAAUAAUUCUUUAGACUCACCAGCAUGGGUUGAAGCAGUCGUCCAAGUUUCUAGUCAACCUACUACUAAUUCUAGUCAAUGUUCAGACUUUAUCAAUAAAGAUAAUACAUAUUCGAUGAAUAUUCUUCAUGAAGAGAAUGAUUAUAAUAAAAAAAUAAAUCCGGAUGAUACAGACAGAUUGACAAAUGACGAUAAUAUUAUAACAGAAUCUCAAGUAUCAAGUACAGACGAAUCUUCAGAUUCUUCUGAUUCUUUAAACUCUGGCAAUCCUCCAAAUGAUGAUGAAAUUGAAGUUGAAGUAGAAUCUACUAGUUCUGAUGAUGAUUCAGAUUCUUAUCUUGCAUAUUCAACAGGUUUAAAUUCUACUAAAGGAAGCCGAGAUGAAUUACAAGUACCAGAGGUUAAGGAUAAACAAAAUAUCACUGAUUGUGAAUCAUAUACAGAAGAGGAAGAACCGUAUACAACUAUGGAAACAAAUGAUUAUAAAAACAAUGAUUCAUUUGAACAGUCUAAUAAUAAUGUCGAUACGACAGUAAAUAUAAGUUUGCCAAUGAAAUUUAAAUUUUCAGUGUCUACAGAUGAUGAAGAAAUUACAACUGUUAAUGUUGUAAAUAAAAAAAUCCAAUCCCAUCAAUCUGAAACUCAUCAAAAUACACCUGAAAUAAAUCACAAUGAUAAAAAUGAUGUCUGUGUUAAUUUAAAAAUUAAUUAUGAUUCUGAUACAUGUGCAAACUUUACUUUGAUGAAAAAAACACCAAUGAGACCAAAAUCUUGGUGUCCCGACGAGUCAUCUAAUGAUUUUUGGAUUAGUGAAACUAUUGUCAGAAAACAAUCGUCUCCAUUUACCAUUAGCAAUUUACAAGAAUGUAUAAUUAAGGAAGAAGUACAAGAAAGUAACAAUCAAGAAGUUAAUAAAGAACAAAAUAACGAAAUGAAAAUAAUACCAGAGUUUGAAGUAACUUUAAAUGAAGUACAAAAUGUUGACGAAGAUAAAAAUAUAGAUGAUAAUAAAAGGAAUCCAAGUUUAUUGACAGUACAAAGUUCUCGUGAUGAAACUGAUGAUGAAGACAGUGGAGUAACAUCUGAUAUGAGUAGAUUGAUAUCAGAAGUAGAUACUGAUUCAGAGUGCACUCCUUCAAGAAAAUUAAAUACCUAUACGCGAACCCAAACUCAUUCUCGAUUAUUCAGACUUCUUACCGAUGAUUUAACUACAUUGUCUAACACUGAAGUCACUACCCUUGAAAGUAAAUCUGAAAGAAGAAGUCAAUUAAAUUUACCUUUAAGAAAAUCUAGUAGAUUUAGUUACGAUUGUUCGAAAGAUUCCAAUAAUGCUCUGAAUAAUUCUUCAAUUCAAAAACCAACUUGGAAAAAAUUUUUAAAUUCUUUCAAUGGUCAAACUGAAUCUGAAAAUAAUGAUAAAUAUUUCCAAACUUGGAAAGAAGCAAAACAGUCACAAUAUUCCGUACAACCAUCCAAACAUAACUCAGUUUCAACUGAUAAAAAAUUAGCAUAUUGGUCAUACAAAACAAAUAUUCUGUGUCCAAGAGUGAAAAGUGGUAAAAAUGUACCGAAAAUUCUUGAAGGUCGCAUUAGUAAACCUGUAGUUCAUCCGAUUUCAUCCUGCGUUAGAUACGACCGUUGCUGAUGAUUCAGAGAUGGAUAACACAAAUUUUAUGUGGAAUCAAUGAAAUUAAACAGUGACAAACUACACAAUUAUCAUUUUAGUUCUCUCUCAAAUGCUCAAGAAAUAUUCCAUGCCAAUCUCAACUUAUUCUUCUUGCUAUUCUUCUUCACUACAAUUUUAAUGAUGAGGGAAGAGCUGAGAGGUAUUCCGAGCGCCUGUGUGACCUUUUUUACCAAACAUUGGUCCUGAUACGACUGAUUAUUGAGCAAAGUGGCCAUUUUACUGGAUAUAUAUAUACAAUUUUACUGAUAUAAACCAACAAAUGACAUUGAGUGUGUGUGCGUGUUUCUCUCACUCUUCCUUCUAUAUUUUUCUUUAUUAUUUUCUAUUUUAUUAUAUUAUACAUAAAAUUAAUCACAUUUUUGAAAAGUAUAAAAUGAUAAAAACUUUUUUUGUUAAAUAAAAUAUAUACAAAGGAUUA